AUGGCGGGGUGGAUCACUUGGUUGUUCAACUUCAUCUUCCAGGUGAUUCCACGCGGUUUAUACUGGCUGAUCACCUUUACCACCAUUGUAUUGCCCACAUGGCUCUUCACGCUCUUCUCCAUGAGCUUGACCUUCACCAUGAAUUUCACUACCCUCAUGUUGAUCCUUCUCGCGCUGGUGUCGACGGUGAGCUGGUUCAUUCGAUACCGGUUUCUGAAUAUGUACAGCCGUCUUCCCCCGGAGCCCCCACGGAAGGAAGCGCAGAUCGACCUUUUCCCAGAUGUGCAAGAAGGGGACUCUAAGCCCGGUCUCGCCAACUAUCUUGACGAAUUCCUGAGUGCAAUCAAAGUCUUCGGAUACCUCGAGCGCCCGGUCUUCCACGAAUUGACGCGGACAAUGCAGACCCGCAAGUUGAUCGCCGGGGAGACGUUGAUGCUGGAAGAGGAGAAAGGAUUCUGCUUGGUGGUCGACGGCUUGGUGCAGAUCUUUGUCAAAUCCACGCGUCAGAGCCAGAACAAAAUGGGGGUAUCUGAGGAGAGCCUGCAGCUGGAUGAGGAUGUGUUAUCGGAAGAGGAGGAUGACCAUCUUCACGGCCGGCAGGGGUACCAGCUGCUGACCGAGGUGAAGAAUGGCGCGGCAAUGUCAUCGUUGUUCUCAAUCCUAUCUCUGUUCACCGAAGACAUCCAAUUACAUGACUCGCGAACUUCCACGUCGAGCCACUCAGAUUCGAGCCAUUUCCGUGCCGAUUCAAUGCCUGUCAGCCCACGGGUCGGCAUGAUUGGCAGCCCCCAUUCAGUCAUGAGAGACCCGAGUGAGCCCGCCACGCCGAUCCAUGGCCCCAACGACGGACUGCCGGCCGUGCCUCCACUUCAUCUGGGCGAAAGUCAUGGUAUCCGUAGCCACACCCCGCAGUCUAAAGACAGCAGGCCAGCGGGAAAGCGACGCAAGUCAGUUCAUCCGGACAUCGUCGCCCGCGCGACGGUCGACACCACCAUCGCGAUUAUCCCCGCUAGUGCCUUCCGCCGCUUGACAAGGGUCUACCCUAGGGCAACUGCGCAUAUUGUCCAAGUCAUUUUGACCCGUCUUCAGCGAGUGACCUUUGCCACUGCGCAUUCAUACCUGGGCCUGACCUCUGAUGUGCUGGGAAUCGAGCGUCAAGUGGCCAGGUUCACCACCUGGGACCUCCCAAAUGAUCUUCGUGGUAGCGCCUUGAAUCGCUUGAAGGAGAAGUUCACACGAGAGCGAGACCGCUUGGGACCGGAGGAGGUUUGCAAGGGGAUUGCGCUGCACAAUCCAUCGAUGGGCAGAAGACGCCGCUCCAGUAGCUCUCUUCGGAAGGACGCCGUCUUGCAAGCUCGUGUGGGAGGCAGUGGCCGUCCCACGGCGCUUACACCGAGCAGACGACUUCCGUCCUUUGCGGACCGCGAUGUGACGGGUGUUAGCCCUGGAGAUCUGCUCUCGACAAUCCAGCUCUCUCGUUUCGGCCCGCGCGGUGACCAUAUGAACCAGCAACUUCACAGUCCUCUCUCGGAGCGGGAGCGCCCUCUGUUCCAGGCCGCCGGCAAGGAAGGUCGUCCGACUACCUUCCACCGUCAAGACUCCAUCGACGAAGACGCCAUAUUCCGUGACUCGAUCUUGGAUUGUAUGAUGAAGGGCAUUGGUCUGACCGAGAGCACAGGCGACGUCCUGCGCAAAAGCAACCACAACUCUGGCGAUGCCUCUCCUCGCUUGCUGUCAUACGAUUCGCGGCGUCAGAAAGCAGUCUUCUCGAACGCAUUCGGAUUCAUAGAUCCAUACGAGGGAUCCGGCGACGGUGAAACCGAGUCUAUGAUGUCUAUGUCAGUGACUAGUGCCGGGGGAACGUCGCCUGUAGUGAAUUUACGUGAAGACCUCCGCCAUGACAUUGAGGUUGUGUAUUUCCCACAAGGCUCGGUCCUGGUAGAGCAGGGCGAGCGUCACCCAGGCCUGUACUAUGUCAUCGACGGAUUCUUGGAUGUUGGUGUUCCAGUGAAUGAGCGCGGUGAGGAUCUUGUGGGAACUUCUCGCCCAACCGAGGGAUCAAUCGCUCAUGUGCAGGAAGACCUUUUCCCCAAUUUGAAGCGGACGACCACGGCAUCUUCGCGCAUGUCUGCAUCAAACCUCUCUGGCGACCCUCGGCGAAAGGCUAAGUCCCGCAAGUCCUUGUAUCUGAUCAAACCGGGCGGCAUGCAAGGCUACGUCGGUGGUCUCGCCUCUUAUCGCUCAUACACCGAUGUCGUCGCCAAGACUGACGUCUACGUGGGAUUCCUUCCUCGGGCGUCUCUCGAGAGAAUUGUCGACAGGUACCCGAUCGCCUUGCUUACUCUAGGUAAAAGGCUCACAAGCCUUCUGCCACGUCUGCUCCUUCAUAUCGAUUUCGCGCUAGAGUGGGUACAGGUAAAUGCGGGUCAGGUCAUAUACCAUCAGGGUGAUGAGAGUGACGCGAUCUAUCUUGUUCUCAAUGGUCGUCUGAGGUCCGUUCUGGAAGGUCCGAAGGGCAAGAUGACGGUCAUUGGCGAAUACGGGCAAGGUGAGAGUGUCGGAGAACUUGAGGUGAUGACUGAGUCUACCCGGCCAGCAACGCUUCACGCUAUUCGGGCCACCGAGCUGGCAAAGUUCCCUCGUUCCUUGUUCAACAGUCUUGCUCAAGAACAUCCUGGGAUCACGAUCCAAGUUUCAAAGUUGAUCGCACAGCGCAUGCGUGAUUUGGUUGAGCAUCCUUUAUCCGAAAAGGGCGUUGAAAAGGCUCAGAAUAACGGCGUGCAGACGGCAACGUCAACGGUCAAUUUGCGCACGGUUGCGAUCUUGCCGGUCACUGCUGGAGUCCCGGUCGUUGAAUUUGGUCACAGAUUGCUGCAUGCUCUGCAGCAAGUUGGGGUUCCUCGAGGCGUCACGUCUCUCAACCAAGCCGCCAUCUUGAAUCACCUGGGUCGUCACGCAUUCAGUAAGAUGGGAAAGCUCAAGCUCUCUCAAUAUCUCGCUGAUCUUGAGGAGAAGUAUGGGCUUGUCUUAUAUGUGGCGGAUACCAACGUGAACUCUCCGUGGACCCAGACAUGUAUCUCGCAGGCAGACACCAUCCUCUUGGUCGGGCUUGCCGAGUCGUCGCCCGCGAUUGGCGAGUAUGAGCGUUUCCUGUUGGGUAUGAAGACAACCGCUCGAAAGGAACUUGUUCUGUUGCAUUCUGAGCGUUAUUGCGCGGCAGGCCUGACCCGGCAGUGGUUGAAGAAUCGAGUCUGGAUCAACGGAGGUCACCACCAUAUUCAAAUGGAAUUCCGCGUUACCGCCGAGCCGUCACACCCACAAGCCAAGAAAUUCGGUACUGUUCUGAAACAGCGCGUCCAGAUUCUCCAGGCCGAGAUUCAGAAGUAUACUUCGCGAAGAAUCCAACAAACACCGGUUUAUUCACCCCAGACUCCCUUCAAGGGUGAUUUCCAUCGGCUGGCUCGGCGACUCUGCGGCAAGGCGGUUGGUCUUGUGUUGGGCGGUGGUGGUGCCCGUGGAAUUGCCCAUGUGGGUGUGAUCAAGGCCCUUGAGGAGGCGGGCAUCCCCGUCGACAUCGUUGGGGGAACUUCCAUUGGUUCGUUUAUUGGCGCUUUGUACGCCAGGGAUGCAGAUGUUGUGCCGAUGUACGGCCGUGCCAAGAAAUUUUCUGGCCGUAUGGGCAGCAUGUGGCGAUUUGCGCUGGAUUUGACCUAUCCCACCGUGUCCUACACGACUGGCCAUGAAUUCAACCGAGGAAUCUUCAAGACAUUCGGUGACAGUCAAAUUGAGGAUUUUUGGCUUGAAUUCUAUUGCAACACCACCAACAUCAGUCGCUCCCGGGCCGAAUACCAUUCAUCUGGCUAUGUCUGGCGCUAUGUUCGUGCCUCCAUGUCUCUGGCUGGUCUUAUCCCCCCAAUCUGCGACGAAGGCAGCAUGCUGCUCGAUGGUGGAUACAUUGACAAUCUUACUGUGGCAUAUAUGAAGGGACUGGGCGCGGAUGUGAUCUUUGCAGUGGAUGUGGGUUCCAUUGAUGACAACACUCCACAGGGCUAUGGCGACUCACUUUCCGGCUUCUGGUCCAUGUUGAAUCGGUGGAACCCACUAUCUACGAUUCCUAACCCGCCCACUCUCUCGGAGAUUCAAGCUCGUCUUGCGUACGUGUCCUCGAUCGACAACCUCGAACGAGCCAAAGCCACCGCUGGAUGUCUCUACAUGCGUCCUCCCAUUGAGUCAUACGGAACCUUGGAAUUCGGCAAAUUCGAUGAGAUUUAUCAAGUCGGGUACAAGUACGGCAAGGAGUAUCUCGAUCGGCUGAAGAACGAAGGGUCGCUUCCUAUUCCCGAGGAGACGGAGGAGAAGCGAAAGCUGCAACGCACCAUGGCUCCUCGACGUGCCAGUAUCUGA